UCGGUCUGUGCUUGAAUUAAAAUUGUCUUGCUGGGGCUGCCGUAGCUGUAUGCAACUCAUGCGCAUGCUCUCUUGUUGCUAGUGAAGUGAUCAUAAUGGCCGCUUCUUACAGGACGCUCACGGUGGUACUUGGCGUGCGUUGCAGAUACCUUUCUUUCUCAGUGGGAUGCCUCAACUCUAAAGAUGGAGAACCAGAAAAAUUUAAGCCACCUCCAAAGCCAGUCAUGGUUGAUGAAUCAAAAUUCCAAGUAACAGAGAGACGAUUCUUGAGUCCUGAAUUCAUCCCUCCUCGGCAGAGAACAAAUGCUUUAAAGUUCUACCUUGAGAGAAGCGACAUGAUGCAGAGGAGAAAAGCAGUGAACAUUCCAGAGUUCUACGUUGGAAGUAUUCUUGCUGUUUCUGCUGCAGAUCCGUAUGCUAGUGGAAAGAGCAGCACUUUUGUUGGACUUUGUAUCCAGCGAUCAGGAAAAGGACUUGGUGCAACCUUCAUACUUCGUAAUAUAAUAGAAGGACAGGGUAUUGAAAUUUGUUAUGAACUAUACAAUCCUCUAAUCCAAGAGAUCAAGGUACUGAAACUGGAGAAGAGAUUGGAUGAUAACCUUAUGUAUUUACGAGAUGCUCUUCCAGAGUACAGCACUGUUGAUAUUAACAUGAAGGCUGUACCACUCUCAGUUAAUGAAGAAGUUCCUGUUAACAAGAUGACGGUCGGAAUGAAACCUAGACCCUGGUCAAAACACUGGGAACAUCCAAAAUUCAAUAUCCAGGGCAUUAACUUUGACUUAUAUCUUCAUGAAAAAGACAAAGCAAGAAUAAAAAAAUGGCAAAUGCCUUGGAGAAAAUUUGAUAUGAUGAAAGAGUAUGAUACAUCAGAAAUUGAAAAAAAAAUCUGGGCAGAAGUGAAUGAAGAGCUGGGAAAAAAGGUAUAGAACACUUUACCUGAAAAGACCACCACCAUUAAUUUUAGCAUAUUAUUUCAUAAUGUUGAAUAAUAAACAUACAUAUGAAUGCUUUUCAAA